GCUCUCCUACACAUAUGCACCAAAAGAAUUUCAUAAAUACCAACUAUUUACAGAUAAUUAGUAAUAAUAUGUCCUAUAAUCCUCCCUUUUUCUUCUAGCACAAACCGCAUAUCUGCUUAAUAAAUUGUUUUUACUGUGCACUAGAGAAAGCUGUUGCUGUGGAAGCCUUCUGCACGCUCAACAAGAAGAUCAGAAGGAAUAAUUUCCAGUAGAAACAUUCCAUCUAGCGUUUACUAGUUGACCAGAGACUGCGUUUCUCGUGUGGAUGUGUGGAACACAAAUCCAAGAGCGUUCUAGGACCUACCAAGUUGCUCUACAAUUACGAAAACUUACAAGCAAUCCAGUGAUAAGAAGAAGAGGAUCAGUAGGAGUUGGAGGAGAGCUUCUUGCCGUCUUUGUGUUUUGAAAGAAAUGGAAGGCGAAAGGGGAGUUCCUAAUUAUGAGCUACAAGUUUCAUUCUCAACUCCACAGGCAAUCCACGAAAUGGGGUUUGUACAAUUUGAAGAAAACCAGGUCAUGAGUUUCUUGGCUCCCGCACAGUCUUCUCAUCAAAUAUCUCAACCUCUCAAUACCGCCAUCAUUGGUAAUAACACCAAUUCCACCGCCAUGGGAUUCAGUCAUAACGACCAGGUAAGGACCUUGGAUCCCAAAGCUGUAAACGACGAAAACUGCGCCAGUAACGCCAACGAUGGAAAUAAUAAUUCAUGGUGGAGGAGCUCAGCCUCAGAGAAGAGCAAAGUGAAGAUUAGGAGAAAGCUUAGAGAACCAAGGUUUUGUUUCCAAACGAGAAGUGAUAUCGAUGUGCUAGACGACGGCUACAAGUGGAGAAAAUACGGGCAGAAGGUUGUCAAGAACAGCCUUCAUCCAAGGAGUUAUUAUCGCUGUACGCACAAUACCUGUAGAGUGAAGAAGAGAGUUGAACGAUUGUCUGAGGAUUGUCGAAUGGUGAUAACUACUUAUGAAGGCUACGACUUGCUUCUGGCGUCUGUCGCCGCGUUUUAUGUGCUUAUGGUGCCGUACACUAAAGUUGAAGAAAGCUUCAACAUUCAGGCUAUGCACGAUAUUCUUUAUCAUCGCCAUCACUUAGAUAAUUAUGAUCAUUUGGAGUUUCCUGGUGUUGUUCCUCGCACUUUUAUCGGGGCAUUGCUAGUGUCGAUUUUGGCAUCUCCAAUUGUAUUAGCCAUGCAACUGCUGCAUUUGCAAAAGAUUUAUAGUCUUAUAAUUGUACGUCUUACAUUGGGUUGCAUCAUACUAUCUACAUUACGGUUUUUGCGUAUUCAGGUCAGAAACAAGUUUGGACAUCAAGUUGAAGCAUUCUUUGUAAUAUUAACUGCAAUUCAGUUUCAUUUGCUGUUCUAUUGCUCUCGUGCACUUCCAAAUAUACUAGCUAUGGGUGUAGUAAAUUUGGCAUAUGGGCAUUGGUUGAAAGGGAGUUUUUAUACUGCUUUAAACUAUCUGGUUUUUGCUGCAAUCAUCUUUAGAUGUGAUAUAGUCUUACUUCUUUGUCCACUUGGCCUGGAGCUUUUGUUGACCAAGUCAAUUUCAUUUUGGAAAGCAUUAAAGUGCUGCACUGUGACCACUCUUUUGUGCAUAGGUCUCACCACGCUGGUUGAUUCAAUUAUGUGGAAGAGGUUUCUUUGGCCUGAAUUUGAAGUUUUUUGGUUCAACUCUGUUCUUAAUCGAAGUUCUGAAUGGGGCACACAUUCCAUUCACUGGUAUUUUACUUCUGCACUGCCUCGCUCGUUACUCUUCGCAUAUCCACUUUUUAUGCUUGGAGUCUUACUUGACAGAAGGCUUCUUCCUCUGGUUCUACCAGUACUAUCCUUUGUUGUACUUUACUCUAAGCUUCCACACAAGGAGCUCCGUUUCAUUAUCAGCUCAGUUCCAAUCUUCAACUUAUCUGCUGCAGUUGCAGCUAGCAGAAUCUAUAACAACAGGAAGAAGAGUUUCUGGAAAUUUCUCAAUUUACUCAUGCUGGGAUUGCUUUUAAUGAGUCUAGGGUGCACAAUCAUAACUUUCAUGGCGUCCUAUGAGAAUUAUCCCAGUGGUUAUGCUUUAAAAGAGUUGCAUCAGAUUGGCAAUCUUGCUAACAAGACCAAUGAACUCUGGGUUCACAUCGAUCCAUUUUCAGCCAUGAAUGGAAUAUCCCUCUUUUGUGAAAAUGAGUUGCCAUGGAGAUACUCUAAAGAAGAAGAGAUUACCCUUGAGGAAUUUUGUCGGAGAAAUUUCACCUAUCUUAUAAAUGAGCAUUCAGUUAUUGACGGGUACAAGUGUUUAUUUUAUGUGAAUGGCUUCUCGAGACUUCAUAUCCAACCAGAAUUUCCACCUAUCGUCCUGGAUAAAGAGCCCAGAGUUUAUAUUCAUGGAAAUAUAAAAAAUGAAGAGCUUAUGCUUAAACAUUGGCCAGGAUGCUCUUAAACUCAGUGAAUUUAUAUUUAUGGUCAAGAAAACCAACGGUAUGAAAGCUUGCAGCAUUGUUUUUCGAAUGGCUAUAUUGCAUCCAAUACUUGUACCCAUCUGUAAUUUUAUAAGCAAGUUAAACCAUUCCCUUGAGUUUAAGGUAACAAAAGGCAGGUUGCUUGUUGGGUAUGAUAUGCAUUAAACAUGUUUUACCCUUUAUACAAGAUCAUUUCAUGCUUAAUUUCUCAAUUUUCUUUUCUUCACCUGUUAUAGGUAUUGCUUGUCGAGUUGUCAUAGUAUAUUGUCUCUGGGGCAUUAUAUAAUUAGGCUCAAUAGGGUUGAUGAUUCAGUUUUGGACUUUGACCUUGUUUUGAAGUUUAUAAAUUCUGGUUUGCAAGUUGCAAUAAGAAAACAAAAUGCAAAAAAUCGAUGAGAUGUAUCAAAAGUUUUUUAUGAAAUUUAACAGGGCAGAUAAAAGACCCUUUUUCUGAAAAAUAGAGUUAGCACCCAGCCAUCAACAAGUUUUAAUAAAAUUAAAAAAUGCACGCAGCAAGCAAAGCAAAGACAGAGAACACAAAGGUAAAUGACCCCCAUUUACUCGAAAACACAAAAUAUCCUCUAGCACGUCAAGGUUUUCAUUGAGCAUAUCUGGGAAGCUGAUUGAACCUGUAAUUAAAGUUU